UAAAAACAAUCCUUUAAUAAAAUUAGUCCAUCUAAAACGCCCCAAUACCUAAGGUUCUAGUCUUGGAUGAGUUAGCUGCAAAAUUCCAGUUCAGAAGCCAACGCAGGCUCAGUCCAGACAGGGAUUAACCAAUUUGUGCUGGUAUCUUAGGCGCUUGGAUUGUUAAAUUGCGUCGCUGGAAGGGCAAUGGGGCGGAGUAGGUAGGCCCCACAGGCCUGGCUGCCAGUCUGUCUCAGCGAAAGCACAACUCCUGUCCACACGGUCAGCUUGAAGCCGGCCUCCAGGUCUUUGCCCUCCCCACACGUCUUCCUAGGAGGCAGUCCUCUGGAGGGAGGGCGUGUAUGUACCAAGUGUCUGGUCCCGGCCACACCGAACAGGCCUAUGGAUGAAGAUGGAGGGAGAUCGGACGUGGAGGACCUGGGACUUGGCAGCAAAGGGGGCAGCAAACCAAAAUAAGCGAUCCGUGUCUUUCCCAAAGCCUGGAAAUAACAAGUCAUGUCUGAAAAAUCCCGGGCUAAGCACCAAGCUGGAGAAAUAGCAGACGGCUGGGCUGCAGAUGCUGAGGGACUCACCUUCAGGGUCGCCAGCUUCUCACCCUUGGCUGCCCCUUCGGCGCAACCUCAGAGCAGAACGCCGAGUCUUCCAGAAGGUGCGGCGGCCUUCCCGGGGCCCAUCUGCGAGUCCGAGCGCCGGGCGGCGGAGUCACUACUGCCGAGGCGGUCAAGUGCUGAGGCCCUGGCCACCCCUGGGAAGGCGCCCGAGAGACCUGGAGGCCUUCCUCCAAGGAGAUGGGACAGGCCCGAGCGCCGGAGGCCGACGCGGUCUGGUCACUCCCCAGCCCCUACUCUUAUCCGGCAAAAGGGGAAAAGAAGAGAAAUGAGAUCCCAUGCCCGAGAACAGGAUAACUCCAGUCUUAAUGGCCGUCAAACCACCUGAAGUAUCACAAUUUUAAUAUUUAUUCAACAUUCUGUCCGGCC